CGGGCACUGUUUUCAAGGGCCUGAGAAAGCAUCGACACCUUCAUUUCACUCACGUCGUUGGCAGGCGGCUUGGAUUUCUGCAACUCCGCAAGCCUGGCCUGGCGAAUGGCAUUAAGUUCCGAGUCGUCCAUUCUGUUACUGAAUAGCUGAAUAACUAAGAUGAACCCGAGAUUAAUUUUUUUUUUUGUUAGUGGGCACUACAUAAGCAGGAAAUCAACGUUAAUCAAAAAACAGCGAACUGAAAAAGAACCAUUUGCUAUUCCUUCCCCAACAUGAGUACACCAGAUAAGAGCAAUAUAUUAAGAAAGUAUAAGAUUGUAUUUCUAGGAGAUCAGAGUGUGGGGAAAACAUCCUUGAUUACCAGGUUUAUGUACGAUACUUUUGAUGAUCAAUAUGCCGCCACCAUUGGGAUUGAUUUUUUAAGUAAAACCAUGUAUUUGGAAGAUAACAAGACGAUUCGUUUGCAGUUAUGGGACACUGCUGGCCAAGAGAGAUUUAGAUCGUUGAUUCCUUCGUAUAUAAGAGACAGUCAUGUUGCGGUGAUUUGUUAUGAUAUCACCAAUAAGAAAUCCUUUAAUAAUUUAGAAAAAUGGAUAAACGACGUGAAGUUGGAAAGAGGGAACGAUGUGAUUAUAGUUAUUGUUGGGAACAAGUCUGAUCUUAAUAACAAACGUCAAGUCACGGUGGAAGAGGCCGAAAAUUUGGUUAAAUUGAGUGACGGCAAGUUUAUAAUUGAAACCUCAACCAAGGCAAACCAUAACGUCAAGUUGUUAUUCAAGAAGAUUGCGCAGUGCUUGCCUGAUUUCAAUGAGUCCAGUGACGACCAAAAGCCUGAAACCGUGAACAUAAGUGUGGAUAACGAAUCCGCCCCAAGUAGUUCUUGUUGUUAAUAAACGUCCUUCCCGAGAUAUUGUAGACAGUCACUACAUGUACAUUCACUACAUUCACUACAUAUACUUACUAUUCACUACAUUCACUACGUUCUAUCAUUCACUACAUAUACUUAUUAUUCACUACAUUCACUAAUGGCUGCAACGAGGGCGGCGAGUUCCGGGGGUGCGCGACCGGACACCCGACCAAAUUGGCCAACAAAUCCGGGGGCCCUCGGCAAAACACCCGUGCACCACACAAACACCCGUGCACCACGCUACCUAUCAGUACAUUAGCCAGACAAUGGUCCAUUAAACAAUACACCAGUAUUAUACAGUGUUGUAGCAUAUGUAGUCGUAUAGGUUAAAUAUAGAAAGAAAAUACGAGCGCUUACCUAAGCAGCGUUCUGGUCUGCGCGCCGGGGGCUAUUUUUGUUAGCAAGUCGUGUCUGCUGCCCUUGCAAACCUACA